UCUCUCUCUCUCUCUCUCUUUCAUGCCCCACACAUUAACUCAUUAACUCUCCCUCUAUAUAUCACUGUGUGUUGUGUGUGUUUUGCUGUCAGAAGUGUUUGUUUGUCCAUUAAGUCUACACGACUACUGUUUUUCUCCAUCCCAACCUGCAGUGCUAAAGCCCUUCUUCGGUUCCAGAUUUUGAGGGUCCUUUGCCCAACAGUCACUGCAGACGUACAUCAGAAUCACUGUUUGUUCAUUUCUCAGUUGUUCACACACACACACACACACUUGGUGUGCUGAUCAAGAAAUUGUGCAAGAACUGUAGUGAUUGAUAUAUGGAUGAGGUAUACAGAUUAGAUCCCUCGAUUUCAUGUCCCAUGGACAGUAAUUCUGCUGGAGACGAUGAUGUGCAUCACAGUGUAAUUAGGGUGAUGAGUGGCCAUCACAAUCAUCAUACCUUUGCUUUAGCUACUGAUCAAACUCAUCAAGGAAGAAAGGGAUUGGAGAUGACGCCAUUGCCGUUGGUAGAUUAUACAGUGAAAGCCCAGAUCGCUAAUCACCCUCUUUAUCCUUACUUAAUCUCUGCUUAUCUUGACUGCCGAAAGGUGGGAGCACCUCCAGAAAUGACUUCAGUUCUUGAAGUAAUCAGCAAAGAAAACCAUCCCAUGGUCUCCAUCAGCAGCACAACUGUUGGGAUCGGAACAGAUCCUGAACUUGAUGCGUUCAUGAAAUGGUAUUGCGAGAUUCUACAAAAAUACAAGGAAAAAUUGUCAAAGCCAUACGAGGAAGCGACAAGUUUCUUGAGCAGCAUCCAAUCUCAGCUCACCAAUCUCUGCAAAGAAACCCUACUGUUCAACACCAACACCAACACCAACUCUUGCCCUUCUGCUCCCGGUGAUGGAUGCGGACGAUCUAAUGAGGAUAUGCGUGGUCGAACGCACAAUGAGAGUCGAGACUUCAGUCGUAGAAGACGCGAAGGGGAUUGGGAAUUGAAAGAAGUGCUGAUGCGGAAGUACCGCGGGUAUCUCAGCAGUUUGAGAAAAGAACUCCUCAGGGAAAGGAAGAAAGGGAAACUACCCGAGGACGCGAGAGUGGCGCUGCUGGACUGGUGGAACGAGCACUACAAGUGGCCUUAUCCCACGGAAGAAGAGAAAAAUCGGCUAUCUGAUGUUACCGGAUUAGAGCAGAAGCAGAUCAAUAACUGGUUUGUUAACCAAAGGAAACGAUACUGGCGGCCUAUCGAUGACUCGAGUUUUUCCGUCAUGGAUGGCAUAAAUGGCCAUCUUAAUAUUGCAGGAUCCACCUACUUGGGAGAAACUGAGGCACUCUACUUGAACAAGAAACACUCUUGAUGCAUGCAACAAUGAACGGGACUUGCAGGCUUGGUUAGACGGCGAUGAGCUAACUAGGCGACUAUCAUCAGCAAUUGAAGCCAAGCGCAGAACUGUCCAUCAAGGCGAUAGUUUCUGCGCUGUAGCUUGUAUAUUGUGAGUAAAUAUUUUGUGGGUUGAGUUGUAUUGAUCAUGUUAUUUUUGUUUGGAGACAAUUGUUUUCUGUGAUUGAAUGAUCGAUAUCAGAGGGCGAUAUUCAUUUGAGAUAUGUUUGUCGACAACUCAAUUUUGUAUCCUUUAAAUGAUGAUAUGU